UCGUUGCAUAGCAGAUCCGUUGUGGCGAGCAUACAUUCGUGACAAUUAGUGCAUCACAGAGGCUGCAAACACGUGCAAACAUGAGGACCUUAAUUUUCUUGGCGACGUGUUUAUCUCUGAUCGUCUGCGUAUGGGGAAACAACUUAAUUCUUGGAAGACGCGUUUUAGGUGACAAGUUAAUAGAAGAUCGAGUCGUCAUCAAGCCAAGAAUUUUUGGAAAACCACAAGUAGGUCUAUGUGGUGCUACGGCCCCUCCUGGUUCUAUCAUUUCAUUUGUCAGUGUGACGACUCCAAAUCCAUGGGCAGUGGGUAUCACACGUGUUAGAGGAGGUCUUAUGUCGAACUUCAUAGUCGUAUCAGGAGUUUCAAGACCAAGCAUAGGAGUUGUAAUGAAAUGUCUCAUUUACUCUACACCCAUGAAGAAACCAACGACAGCUAGGCCCACAACGACAACACAAAAAACAACCACGACAUCAACAACAACCACAACUACAGAGCAACUUCCGACUACCGAGUCCACCACUCCAGAACCAAUCUUGACCACUUCGACCACUAGUUCAACACCAACUACGGCCACUUCGACCACUACUCCAGAACCAACUACGACCACUACUUCAGAACCACCUACGACUACUACUUCAGAACCACCUACGACUACUACUUCAGAACCACCUACGACUAACUACUUCAGAACCACCUCCCACAACCACUGAACCGUCUGAGACCAC